AUAGAAUCGAUUGGUCAGAGAGCGUCACCGCGGCAGCGUCGGCGUAGACGUGCACGCCAACCCCUUACGUCGUCACCCCGCCGCUGCGUCAUCACGUCGCCGUACUCCGAUAGUGCCGGACCUGCGCUAUGGCGGAGGAAGGGGCGACGCUCCCCGAGCUGCGGGGUCUGGACGGGCGUCUCGAGAGCCUGUCCGUGAAGUAUUCCCGCCAUGCGCCGCAGAUCGACAGCCGCGCGUUCUGCGCGGACUUCUGCAAGAUGGUGGAGGGGUUCUGUGGGGUCCAUGGCGGCCCUGCCCCCCAGCUCCGCGUCCUGGAGGUGGCGCUGUGCUACUUCUUCAGAGCCUCGUCCUUCCUGCCGCCGCACUGCGACCACGUGCAGCACGCCCUCAGCUCGCUGGCCCUGAGUGUGUUUGAGCUGCUGCUGUUCUUGGACCAGAAGGAGUUCAUCCAGGAGGCCCUCCCCCCCCUCACCCUCACCCUCCAGGAGUGCCACCUGGCCCUGGCCCGCCACCCUAACGUCUACCUGCUGCGGCUGAAGGCUCUGCUCCAGGACGGGGGGCCCUGGGGGAACUGGGUCCUCCAGGCCGUGCUGCGCGAGGCCGAGGUCCCUCAGAGCCAAGUGGACCUCUUCCUGGGCUCGGAGCCGCCCCUCUUCCUGGAGCUGAGGGUUCGCUACCUGCUGGCGUCGGGGCGGGGCCAGGAGGCCGCCGCCCUCGCCCACCGCUGUGCCGCCGCCCGCACGCCGUCACGGCAACGGGCCUUCUUCCUGCAGGUGCACCUCGCCGCCCUCUGCACCACGGAGCGGACGGAGCAGCUGCACAAAGAGGUGUGCGCGCUGGGCGAGGGGGAGGUGGUGCAGGUGGUGUGUGGGAUGGAGCAGCGGGAGGAGGAGGCGGUGCUGCUCCGCCUCUGCAGGGCGGGGCUCCGGAGUCAGCUGGUCAGUGGAGGACACGCCCCCUGUCUACGCCAGCUGGUGUGUGUGUGGGGUGCGCUCCAUCGCAGGCUGCAGACCUCAGGACCGGAGCUGCUGGAGGAGAGCCGACAGCUCCUCCAGGAGGCCACCGACGCCACCGCCAUCUUCCCCUUCAUCAGGGUGCUGCUGGAGGAGCUGGGCGACGGCGGGCUGCCGUUCUGCGUGGAGCUGUGCUCCCGGGCGCUGGGCUCCGGUCUGCUGCCGGACGGCGCCGCCCGGUCCCUGAUCCACAAGGCGGUGGCGGGCCUGCUGCCCCGGGACCUGGAGGUGUGCCGGGCCUGUGCGCUGCUGGUCUUCUUCCAGGACCGCAGCCUGGGCGCCUACCGCACGGCGGUCCGGCUCUACUCGCUGCCUGACCAGGAGUACCACGCCGAGGCCACACCUGUCGGGAACCACCUGCGCUUCGACCUCCUGCAGGCCCUGAAGAAGGACCUGGUCUUCGACCCGGAGUUCUGGAACGUGGCGGCCAUCCGGUCCCACUGCCAGAAGCUCCUCAGCGGGGAGGAGCAGCGGGCCGCCAGGGAGGAGGGGCCAGAGGAGGCGCGCUGCACCAGAGAGGUCCGCCCCGCCGCCCCCCCGCCCCCCACGGCCACCGCCCCCCAACGGGCGGACAGCAGGAAACGCCCGGAGAACGGCACGGCGCCCAAACGGACGAGGCUCUGCCGUGGUCCCGCCCCGCCGCCCGGCCACGCCUCGCUGAGAAACAAAACCAAACACGCCCCGAGGACGGCCCCGCCCCCGAGGACGGCCCCGCCCCCGAGGACGGCCCCGCCCCCGAGGACGGCCGCGCCCCCGAGGACGGCCGCGCCCCCGAGGACGGCCCCGCCCCCGAGGACGGCCGCGCCCCCGAGGGAGUCGGGGGAGUUCCUCCGGCGCUCCUGCUGGCAGCCGGGCAGAACCAACGACGGGUUCCCCUCGGGCCGCGGGGAGCCGCGCCGCAUCACGCGCUUCUCGGAGAAGAACUGCCCCAAGCGCCGGAUCCGCACGCCCCGCUGGCUCCUGGAGGACUCGGGAACGCUGGAGUUGGACGCCCGCCGCAAGGGGAAGAAGCUCCGGAGGAAACGGCGUCAGCAGGAGCAGGAGGAGGAGCAGCAGGCGCAGGCCCGGGCGCUGGUCAAAAGGAGCGCCUCCGCUCCGCCCAGGACCGACGCCAAGGACAAGCAGAGCCUGACCCGGCACCUGAAGGGCCUCUCGCUGGACUACCUGCGGCCCGCCUCGCCCGCCCGCCUCGUCCUGGAGCUCUCUCUGCCCGACAAUGAGCUGACGGACAUCUUCACCGAGGAGAGCCGGAGGAACGGCCUGCCCCCGGCGCUGCCGUACCCGCCGUCGCCCUGGCCGCCCGGGCCCCAGCCCGCGGACCGUCCCCCGCGCCUGAAGCAUGUCGUCAUCCGGGCGUCGGACGAGGUCUCGCUGGCGCGGCAACUCCACUGCUACUCGCGCCGCAACAAGCACCUGGCGGUGGCGGCGGCGGCGGCCGGCGAGGUCCAGAGCGCGCCCUCGGUGGUCACGCGCUCCUCCUCCCAGGCUCCUCCCACCAAGGGCAGGCCCCGCGUGCCCCGCAGCAAGCCCCUGGUGGAGAUGAAGGUGACCAUCGCCUCCCACGCGCCGGUCAGGACCAGAGCCGGCCAGUCCCAGCUGGGGGGCCGGGCCCACGCUCAGGCCCUUAGUGCGGGCUCGCGGCCGGCGGAUAACAAAGCCAGCCCCGCUGCGCAGCGCCCCCUGGCACCUGGGUGUACGGCUGUAAAGACGGCCCGGAGCCCAAGCCCCGAUGCCGACACAAAGCCCUCAUUGGAUAACGGAGCCCGUGAGGUCGGCCCUUCGAAUGCUCGCAAAGACUUGGCCGCCUUGCAACCCGGAGACGUGUCGGAACCCGCCCAGACCGACGUUAUGGCUGAUAAUCCCGCGGCCGAGGCCCGACACGACGCCGGCCGACACGGAGGAGACGCGGCCGCAUGCGGGGCCUCGGACGCCCGCGGCCGCCGCGGCGAGGAGGACCUGCAUGGGCUGCGGUUGCUGUCGGAGACGGUGAGCGCGCUGGCGCCUCAGUCCGUCCCCGAGGCCUCGGGGGAGGCCGCGGAGGAGCGGAGCCUCCCCGCGCAGCUGAGCCCUUCGCUGGGCAGCGGCCCGGACUCGCCCCCGGACCGGUCCGCGUGUUCGCCCAGCGCGCCGGGCUCCAGGGAGGAGCGGGCCCGGGAGGCGGGGUCCGGUGAGCCGCGCCUGGAGCACCGCUGCAGCCUCUGCGAUAAGGUGUUCAGGGGCAAGCGCGUGGCGGUGCACGCCAUGUUCCACUACCGCAGACACCAGUGCAUGUUCUGCCGCACGCCGCUGAAGCACGGCCACCUGGCCACGCUGCACGUGUCGGAGCACAUCGACGCGCUGAAGAGACGGGAGGCCGAGCGCGAGGAGCGAGGCGGCGGCCGUCGGGAGGGGAGCGAGGCGCUCCGGAGCACUGGCCCGCCGCAAGCAGCAGGCGGCCAGAGGCGACCCAGGACACCCCUAACCUCGGCCGCGCGUUCCCCCUCCGGAUCCAGGCGGUUACGCUCCGACGGCAGCGUCUCGAAGGGAAGUCCGGCCCCCUCGCCCGUUGCCAAGGUCAACGGACACCUGAAGGGCCCCGCCCCCCACCAGCAGCGCCCCCCCCUGCCGGUCCUAGAGGAUAAACCUGCGACAACAGACCCCCCGCCCAGCGAGCCCCCCCGGCCGUCCACACAAACCGCCGGACGUCUGGAAGCGGGGUCUGCGGUCGCCGCGGAGACCUGCUGCCCGGUAGCGGGCUGCCCCUGGCGCGCCGCCCUGUCCCGGAGCUCGGUGGCGCUGUUGUACCACGCGCUGGAGGCCCACCCCCGCGACCACGCCCCCCUGCGGCUGGCCUUCAGCGCGUUCGACGGGCAGUGCAGCGUGUGCCUGCGCGUGCUCUGGAGCUUCCAGCACUACCGGCACCACGUGGAGCGCCACCGCCUCGCCCCGCGCCACCCCUGCCUCCACCGGGGCUGCGGGGCGCGCUUCCGGACGGGCAUGGAGAUGAGGCGCCACUCCCGGAGGCACCGCCCCCUGCAGGCCGGCUGCUGCGUGCCCGGCUGCUCGCGCCUCUUCAUCUGCCUCUGGGCGCUGAACCUCCACGAGCGGGAGCACUACACCGCCGGUGGCGACGCCGAGCCGGCCGAGGCUCGCAGGGCGGCAGACCCCGGGGCCAGGAGGACGGGGGCCAGGCCGGACCCCGCUCAGGCUACCCCCGCGCGGGCCAAGAGUCGCCUGAAGGUCAGCGAGCGGGCCGCGGAGGCGGAGCCUCACUCGGAGGUCAGAGCGGGGGGUUCGGGGACGAGGAGGUCUCCAGGUUCCAGGCGGGUCCAGGGUGUUCAGGGUCCCGCCCAUUGCACAGCCGGACCUCGCAGUGCGGCCUCACACAAGCAGAGGAGAACGCCUUCGAGACAAAGAGCUGAGCCCGUUCAGCCAGCCCCGGUCGCCAGCGGCAACAGGAUGAGACGGGGUUUCAGCGGUAGGCCGGUCAAACUCGACACCGACGGCCACAAAACGAAGAAUCCUCCCGCGCCGUCGACGGAGGCGAGUACGACAGCAGCUGUUCAGAAACCAGCUCGCAAACGGGAAGCUGGACUCAUUUUGGCGGAAGAACGGCAGUCCUAUCACAAAUCAAGGUUGACCUCAACGUUCCACGAAGAGUCGCCUCCUUUGACCUCUAAAGAACAGGAAAAGUCGGCUCCUUUAGACCAGGAACAGUCGGCUCCUUUAGACCAGGAACAGUUGGCUCCUUUAGACCAGAAACAGUUGGCUCCUUUAGACCAGGAACAGUUGGCUCCUUUAGACCAGGAACAGUUGACUCUUUUAGACCAGGAACAGUUGACUCUUUUAGACCAGGAACAGUCGGCUCCUUUAGACCAGGAACAGUCUGCACCUUUAGACCAGGAACAGUCUGCACCUUUAGACCAGGAACAGUCUGCACCUUUAGACCAGGAACAGUCUGCACCUUUAGACCAGGAACAGUCUGCACCUUUAGACCAGGAACAGUCAGCACCUCUAUACCAGGAACAGUCUGUUCUUUUAGACCAGGAAGAGUCGGCUCCUUUAGACCAGGAACAGUCUGCACCUUUAGACCAGGAACAGUCUGCACCUUUAGACCAGGAACAGUCUGCACCUUUAGACAAGGAACAGUCUGCAACUUUAGACCAGGAACAGUCUGCAACUUUAGACCAGGAACAGUCUGCAACUUUACACCAGGAACAGUCUGCAACUUUAGACCAGGAACAGUCGGCUCCUUUAGACCAGGAACAGUCUGUUCUUUUAGACCAGGAACAGUCUGUUCUUUUAGACCAGGAACAGUCUGUUCUUUUAGACCAGGAACAGUCUGUUCUUUUAGACCAGGAACAGUGUGUUCUUUUAGACCAGGAACAGUGUGUUCUUUUAGACCAGGAACAGUCGGCAACUUUAGACCAGGAACAGUCGGCAACUUUAGACCAGGAACAGUCGGCACCUCUAUACCAGGAACAGUCGGCUCCUUUAAACCAGGAACAGUCGGCUCAUUUAGACCAGAAAGAGUCGGCUCCUUUAGACCAGGAAGAGUCGGCUCCUGUAGACCAGGAAGGGUCGGCUCCUUUAGACCAGGAAGCGUCGGCUCCUUUAGACCAGGAUGCGUCGGCUCCUUUAGACCAGGAAGCGUCGGCUCCUUUAGACCAGGAAGAGUCGGCUCCUUUAGACCAGGAAGAGUCGGCUCCUUUAGACCAGGAAGAGUCGGCUCCUUUGGCCUCUAAAAAGCAAGAACAGUCGUCUUCUUUGACCUCUACAGAACAAGAACAGUCGUCUUCUUUGACCUAUACAGAACAAGAACAGUCGGCUUCUUUGACCUCUACAGAACAAGAACAGUCGGCUCCUUUAGACCAAGAACAGUCGGCUCUUUUGGACCAAGAACAAGAACAGUCUGCUCCUUUGGCCUCUGUGGACCAGGAACAGUCAGCUCCUUUAGACCAGGAACAGUCGGCUCCUUUAGACCAGGAACAGUCGGCUCCUUUAGACCAGGAACAGUCGGCUCCUUUAGACCAGGAACAGUCGGCUCCUUUAGACCAGGAACAGUCGGUCUCUUUAGACCAGGAACAGUCGGUCUCUUUAGACCAGGAAUAUUCGGCCUCUCCAGACCAGGAACAGUCGGCACCUUUGGGCCAGGGACAGUCGGCACCUUUGGACCAGGGCCAGUCGGCUCCUUUGGACCAGGGACAGUCGGCUCCUUUAGACCAGGAACAGUCGGCUCCUUUGGCCUCUCCAGACCAGGAACAGCUGAAAAUACAUCAAGCGUCCAAAAAACACAAACCUAUUUCAGCUGCUCCAAAGAAUUCUGAUGUUGAUUUGGUAAAGAAGGGAAGGGUUGCCCAUUUAAACAGCGGUCCAAAGACCAAAGCAGCCUCUACCGGCAACGCACCCAAAUCAAAGUGCAGAACUCAGACCAAAAUGAAAGAUCUCAAAGUCGCCAAGGUAACAAAAACUGCAUCGGUCACCAAGGCAACAAAAACUGCCUCGGUCACCAAGGCAACAAAAACUGCCUCGGUCACCAAGACAACAGAAACUGCCUCGGUCACCAAGGCAACGAAAGCUUCCUCCGUCACCAAGGCAAAGAGAGCUCCCGCCGUCGCCAAGGCCACAAAAUCAACCGCGGUCGCCAAGGCACCGAAAGCUCCCUCCGUCGCCAAGGCAACGAAAGCUCACUCCGUCGCCAAGGCAACAGAGGUUACAGUGGUUGCCAAGGCAACAGAGGUUACAGCCGUCACCCAGACGUGUGAUACUCCACAGGAGGCCCUCGCCACCGGGCCCUCCCCCGCCGGCCCCCAUCAGCGGGGCGCGGGCGACGGUGUCGGCUACACGGUGCUGAUCAACGGAGCGGCCGCCGUGAAGCGGAGGGCCGCGGACGAGGCCACGCCCCCCUCCUACCGCAAGAACUACUUCCGCGCCCCGCCCACCACCUACCUGGACGAGCGCUUCACCAACAUGCCCAAGCGCCGCAAGCACAUGUCCAUGUUCCGCUCGGCGGCCCCCAGGAGCCCGGAGCCCCAGGCCGCCGCCACGCGCUGCCCCAGCUGCUUCAGCUCCUUCCUCCGGCAGGACGAGCUGCAGGCGCACCUCCGGGACCACCGCUGCUCCGGCAUGUUCGGCUUCGACUCCGACGAAGACAACAGCUGAGCGUCCCGGGAGUCACCUGGAGGCCGGGACACCAGGACCACGGCGAGGCCGGGGCUGGCACACACCUGGGGGCUGGAGGGCGGCGGAGACAUUGGGUUAUGGGGGGGGGGGGGGCGUAGAGAUGUAGUAUUAAAGUGCCUGGCCGGACGGACGCGUCCCGGCUGCAGAAAGCUGUGAAAGAGACUGAAGCCAUAACACCUCCUUCACGUUUUGCGUUUUGCACUAGGCAGUCGACUGACCUUCCUUUUGGUUAUUUUCUUCCGCGUUGAUACUUGAAAUAUUUUGUAAUAAUGUAAACCAACGGUGAUUCUGCCGCGUUUCAUCAAUUAUUUAAACCUUCAGGGGGAGGAGCUUGCACUAGACUCAUGUAGGCCUCAACAGUGAGUGGAUCAAGUGGGGGAGACGUUCUGGUUCUACUGCAGUACCGACGACCGCCAGCGAGAGCAGUGGUCACCACAGGGCCUCUUAUCAAAGGGGUCAGCCUGCAUCGGACCGGUUCACCACGUCUGAGUCGAGCACCGACAAAAUGCGUCCUGGGAACGGUGCCACUGCGUCCUGGGAGCGUUGCCACUGCGUCCUGGGAGCGUUGCCACUGCGUCCUGGGAGCAGUGUCACUGCGUCCUGGGAGCAGUGUCACUGCGUCCUGGGAGCGUUGCCACUGCGUCCUGGGAGCAGUGUCACUGCGUCCUGGGAGCAGUGUCACUGCGUCCUGGGAGCGUUGCCACUGCGUCCUGGGAGCAGUGUCACUGCGUCCUGGGAGCAGUGUCACUGCGUCCUGGGAGCAGUGUCACUGCGUCCUGGGAGCGUUGUCACUGCAUGUUUUGCUAUCCAGGAUCGUCUGAUCCGUCAUACUUUUAUGCCACUUUUUAAAGGGGACCUAUCAAAUGGAUCCCAAACCGAGUUAGAAGUUUUAAAGAAACAAAAGGGCAGGUUUGAUCCAGAUCCAAUGUAAGAUCGGUUUACAUUAUCUGAUUUUAGUUUGGAAUCCCUCUUUAGCUUUGAAAAACCCAUUUCCAAUAUUUGAUCCAAUCUGUGAUCCGAAAUCCCCCUGGAUAUCUUUUGAGACACUGGGCCCAGGACACCAGGACUGUCCGGAUUGACCCUCUCUUACGAGGACUGUCUGUUUUGCACGUCGGUUACGAGGACUGUGGUUUGAAGACGCAUCUUUUGAGCGUUUCUAGUGAAGCGACCGGUUUAAUUUAUUGGCAGGCUUUAUUUUCUAUCUUUUGUAAAUAUUUGAAGAGUUUGGCUUAUAUAUAAGUAUAUACAAGGGUGUAUUGUAUACGGGUUGCAGGCCUGGGAUUUUAUAACACUGUUGAAUCACAAUAAAACUAAUUCAGCGUUGCUGUUGAAUUUUUAACCGUAAACCUCAAAACA